UAAGCAUGAGUAAAUUGCGACAUAAAAGCGCCAGAACUCUCCGCCCGGGUACGCCAAUCGUCAAUCACAGUCGAGGCAGUCGAAAGCAGAACGCGCCCGAACAUGGCCGCCAAGAUUUUGGCCGUCCUCGCCGCCGCGCUAUGCGCCCUCGCGGCCGUGCCCGCCAGCCCAGCCCCUGCCGGCCUCCUGCAGCACGUGGACAAGUUCGACUUCUUCGAUGAGACGGCGAUCCAGAGCCUGGAGGGCGACAAGUUCACCAUCCUCGACGAGACCACGAUCCAGCACCUGCAGGGCAGCAAGCUGUUCAAGAUCAACACGACCAAAAUCCUGGAGAACAUCGCCGAGUAUCUGAAGCGCCUCGAGGAGAGGAUCGAUCUGGUGAGCGACGAGGUGCAGUCCGCCGUGGAGUCGGUCCUGGACCGCAUCGAGACCGCCGCGGCGGCCGCGGCCCUCAAGUGGAGCGACGACGUGGGCAGGUGGGUGGACAAGGCCAAGAAGACCAGCGCCGACAUCAAGGAGUGCCUCCGCGAGGAGCAGCAGCCCCUGGCCGUGGUGGCGGCCGCCCUCAAGGCCGACUCCUACCAGUGCCUCUCCGGGCGCCUGGAGACGCUGCAGCACACGUGGGAAAACCUCAAGGCCUCCGCACCCGCCGCCCUGGAGAUCCUGGAGGAGGCCAAGGCCAAGGUCGAGAAGUGCGCCCGGCGGGAGAACGCCUUGCUGGUCGUGCUGUGCGUGGUGAAGGACCUGCCCUUCGUGGAGGUGAAGGCCGCCGCCGUGAUCGCCGAGGCCACCGUGUUCGCGACCGUCGCCGCCGGCCAGGCCGCCGCCAUCGUCCCCAUGGCCUCGCUGUGCGCCACCGCCGCCACCACCAAGCACGCCGCCGAGGUGUCCGCCAUCGUGGACGCCACCGUGGCCUGCAUCAAGGAGAAGAUCGCCGCCUAGGCGACGAUCGACGCGCGGCUCGCCACCACAGUGAUUAGGAAUAAAGCUCGCUUGUAAAAUGUGCUUAA